AUGAACCAUCCUAGCGGGCAUAGAAAGGCCGCUUAUAUGAAUGCCUAUUGUAGGCACGUCUUUAGCUUAUCGGAGAACUCGUAUCUCAGCCAGAAAAAGCCCAUCCGUCGUGCUAUUCGGAUUCACGCCGUUGUCGUCGCAAACUUCACCGAACAGAAGCUCGUUGAAAUUGUGCAAUACCUCAUCGGCCAAGGUGUUUUUAGGUCCCGGGCCGCUGCGGCUCUCGAGUUUCCAGAUCUUCACGAUACCGAUAUACCCGGUGCACAGAGCCCUGUGGAACCACCGGCUGACUCGUUCAACGACGAAAGCUAUGCCGAUCUAACCUUGAUUUCUUGUGCCAAACGGUACUCCGCUCACCGAGUUGUUGUUUGUCCACAAUCUUCGGUCAUAGCGACGAAACUUCUAUCCCAGUUCCAAAGCACCAAGCAGGACCCUUCGUGUGACUCUUGUGGAGCCUCGCCCGGAUAUCAUUUCGACUUUCUAGACGAUGAUCCUCAAGCUGUGGAUUGUCUAAUCCAAUACCUUUAUCGACAAGACUAUCAGAGCAGCUGCUAUAGUCCUAAAGUAAAGGAUGUUGGGUCAUGUGACGCCGAGCAUGAAGUAUCAGUAUCAUUGUCGGAACAAGACAACAUCGAUGACUCUCAUCCUAUACUCCACGUUAGGGUAUAUGCACUGGCCGAGUUCUAUGGCAUACUUGCCCUCAAAGACCUAGCAUUGGAGAAGUUCAACAAGAUAAUACAAGAAAAUGUGCAGACACAUCAGUUUCUUGCCAGCGUUGAGGAGGCAUAUACGUAUACAAUGCAAGAAGAUCGGGGGCUACGCGAUGCCAUAACAGAAUUCUUCUAUACACACCCUGAGUUAUUGGACGAGGAGAGGGUGCAGCACACUCUUCGGAGGACAGAAAACUUAUCAUUUGACAUAGUUAUGUAUUGGCGCCAUAAUCGCCAAACACGAAAGAAGGCUGUGCCUAUCUGGGGCUAUCCCGUAGCCGUAGAUUCUUGA